AUGGCUGAACUUUUCAAGGUGCGAAAUGUUGUACUCUCAAUAGCUGAGAACCUUUCCAUUGUGGACUAUUUGAGCUUGAGUUCUGUAUCCAAAUUCACCAAUCAAUCAUUGUCUUCAAUAGAUAAAGACUAUUUCAAGGCAAGGCUCAAGAAUGUCUUUAUAAGCUAUGAUCCUACACAUACUGAUGACCUUCUAUCAGAUUUCCAAGCAACGAACAUAUUCAAUUCCAUCAAAAGCACUUCAAAUCCAAAGAAAACAGUUGUUUUGAUAUUUAGACUAUUGAAACCGUAUCUUUCGAUAAUACGGAAAAGUGAUGGAAUUGAUAUAGAUGAUUUUGAUUUUCAAGAGCUCUUUGGAUAUGGUAACGAUGAUAUCAAUGAUCAAGCCAAGGUUUUAAAGAACUUGUCAAAAUUUGUUCAAAUGGAUGAUAGUGAUCAAUUUGUUAAAGAUGAGAUGAGCGCCAGACUUCGAGACUUGACUAGAAAGUACACCAAGUUGAAAUUUGAACAGAUGCAGGAAAGCUUUGAUAACGAGAAUUAUUACAAUGUCCAUAGAUUAGUUGCAUGCUUAAACUUGCUAGAUCAAGAGGACCUGAUUGUUGAAUUUUUCCAACAAGAGAAUAAAUUUCCAAUGGAUUUUUUCCCACCAACUAUAUUAGACACAGACAAGUCAUUACAAGAAGGAUCAUUGGAUGAUGUGAUAAAGGACUUGACCGAAUUCUUCAAUUCAAAAUCAAAAAUUAUAGAUGAAAGUUUUGGUGACCAACUACCAAUAAUGCUGUUAUAUUCUGAGCAAAUUAUAGAUAAGAACAUUGUUAGUGGGUUCUUUGCUAAAGAGUGCGAACAAAAUAUAGAGAUUAUACCAAAAGUCUACUUGAAACUGUUGAAUACGUUUGUUCCAAACUUGAAUGACUCAAAGAAUGCUGGUGACAACUAUAGACAUAUGAUGAUUACUUUCAUAAACCUUUACUUUGAACCAUUGGUGAUCAACUUUUUGAACGAGGAAAUUGUUAAUUUUGAACAGGAUUCAAUCAAAGAGAUUAAACAAUUUGAAACAGAACUAUCUGAACAAGAGAAGAUUGAACAAGAUAAUAUUUAUAAAUCGGUCUUGACUGAAUAUAGUAGUGAAGAUGUUAAAACAAACAAGUUUGAACUUUUAUCAAGUUUUACAAAGAUAUUUAGCAAGUCAAAUAAAGAUUCAAACGAGAUUAAAUUCAAAGUUAAUUUUGAAAUCUUGAACAAGAAUUUGAAAAAUUUGAAAAAUUUUAUGAAUUUUGAACUAUGCUACAAGAUUAUUGAAAUUGCUAAGGCAAAAAUUGAAACUUUUGCAAUAUUUGGGAAAUCACAACAUUCAAUAGUUGAUCAAGCCAAAAUAAAUUCUCAAAUUGAAGAAAUAUUUAUCAAACUUGUCACUAUAAUAUCCAAGUAUCAUAUAAGGCCAGGUUUUACAAAAGCUAUAGAUUUUUUAUCAAGAUACGAUCCAACUGAAUUUAAAUCUCUGGAAAGUGUUGAAUCAACAUCAACUGUGGAACCAUUAAAGAAAUUUACAGAACUAAUAAACAUUGGAGAUUUGAUCCAGCAAAUGAUUGAAAUUUUUUAUGAAAAUGAAUUAGUGAUGAAGAAGAUUCUGAACAAGGAUGAAUUUUUAAACAAUGCAAAUCAAACAAAGAAACAAUUCGAGACAUCAUUGGAUAAUUUUGUGGCUAAUGGGCUUAACAUUGGUAUUGAUAAACUUAUGGCUGAGAUUGAAUUCAUAUACAACACAUUACAACUACCUAAUGAUUUCAAUCCUAAAACAACGAAUGGGAAUGAAGCAGUUUUAUUCACAGGCCCAACAAAGUGUGCCGAAAAAGUGGUGACCCUAUUAUCAAAUCAUAUUAAUCUAUUGAAUGGAUCUACCGAAAAGGGUAUAAUUGAUAUCUUCCAACAAGAAAUUGGUGAACGAUUUUUCCAAGUGAUUGUCAAGAAUAUAAAGAAGAGAAUCAUUUCCACAAGCGGGUCGAUUAUCUUGAUUAGUGAUUUGAAUUUGUAUUACGAUUUUGUUGUCAAUACACUAAGACAGAAAAACAUUACACCAUUGUUUAUUGGAUUGAAAGAAAUAGGUCAACUAUAUUUGAUCUCUACUGAUGAUUCUAAAGAGUUGGGUAAAUUGAUUGGUGAUUUGAGUAAAUUCAAUGGUAUUUUCAAACAAGAGGAGAUUUAUGAGUUUGUUCAAAAAAGAGCAGAUUGGUUCAAAAUUAAAAAAGAUGUUGAGAAAGCCAUGUAUGGAUUAGGUCUUACUGAUUGUGUGGUUAUGUGA